AUGGGGACAGUGACAGCGGCCAAUAUGAAAGAAUAUUGGUCAAAAGAUUCUACAAGUUAUAUUCCAUUUUAUCCGAAUACAUUUUCAAGAGAACGGUUUACCCAAAUUUUUUGGAUGCUACAUGCAGAGAUGGUUUCAGCGCAAGGUAGCCACACCAGAACACGUUUACAACUUAUAAUUGGCUACCUUGAUUACAUAAACUCGAGACCUUUCAACUAUUUCUCACCGGGCAACGAAAUUUGUGUCGAUGAAUCUAUCGUCAAAUUCAAAGGGCGAGUUUCAUUUAUUACAUAUAACCGAAAGAAACCGACCAUAUGGGGAAUCGAAAUAUAUACUCUAGCAGAUUCUGGUACGGGAUAUAUUUGCGGAAUUCUACCGUACUACGGCAGCCUAACGACACAAAUAUUGAUAAGGCCGGACCUUCCAGUAACAGCAAGAAUUCCAUUGCAUUUAUACACAAUGCUGUUGAAUAGAGGACCUGGUGCGCAGGGACACCACAUGUUUACCGACCGGUAUUACACCAGCUACGUUUUGGCCAAUGAAUUACAUAAAUUGAAGUGUCAUCUGACUGGGACAAUCUUGCCUAAUAGAAAAGGGUUGCCAGAUACAAUUAAGAAAAGACAAUUUCCAAAAGAAAUAUCGAUGGUAGCCUGCCGCAGAAUUGAUAAUUUAAUUAUAGCGUGCAAAGAUAAGAGAAUUGUUACGUUAUUGAUAAAUUUUCAUAAUGCAGCAAUGAGUAACGUAGAAGGAACCCUCCGGCAUGGUGUUCAAACUGUUGUUAGAAAGCACGGUGUUGUCACUAAUUAUAUAAAAUUUAUAGGUGGCGUUGACCUGACGGAUCAAUAUGCCUCGUCGUAUUGCUUUAUGCGAAAAUCAUUGAAGUGGUGGCGCAAGCUAUUUUUUGGGGGAUUAGAAAAAUGA